AUGCAUCACAGCCGGAGAAAGUCUGGCCACGGCCUGCCCAACACUUCUUCAACCGACGUGCGAAAAGCUGCUGUUACUGCGACCGAAUCUUCCAAGUACAAGCGACCCGUCAUGACUCGGAAGCAGACACCACAAAGACUCGGUCGCAGUCAGCGCGAACGUGAGCGGGAAAAGACAGAGUCUUGGGAAGAUGAAAGGGAGAGUUUCCCGCAGUUUUGCUGCCGAAGAGUUGACCAGACCGCAUCACCGCAGCCGGCCUCCUCGGUCCAUUACGCGUCUUCAAACUAUCCAUUCUACUCUGCGGGAAACCCGGAACCUAGAGACAUCAUCCCGCGAGCAUCUCCUUCUCGACCCAGCUCGAUACUUUUGACUUCUCCACCAGCCACUCCGGGAACCGGAGCGCCGACUUACCAACACACUUCGGCCAUCUCGGCCCUCCGUUCCCUCAAUGUCCGGCCCCCGAGUCCUCCGUCGCCCACAGGCAGCUCCAGCAACCUGUGGCCCUUUAGUCGCAGCGCUGCUACCAGCCCGUACAACUCGUACAGUCGACCUUCUGCGCCGUACCUCUCAUCGACGUAUGACGGAGGUUACUACAGCGCUGGCGGAGGUGGCUACAAUUACGAGGUGAACUCGGGUGGAAUGGAUCGGCCGCUCCCAUCUCGCAAUCCCAGCGCCUACUCUCGCCCUAGAAGUAUUGAGCUUGUAACACCUAUGGUCGGCAGAUAA